GUUUUUAUUAUGUUGCGCUAAAAUGAUCUAAAAUGAUAAAUGGGUGUCCCAGGAUUUUUUUUACUGGAUUUUGACUGGAAAUUAUACGAUCUGUGAGAUUCAAAACACCUGGCAAACUAUUAGCCAUCUAGCCAUACUGUUAGGAGGUGCUAGAUUAUCUACAGGCUAAGUGGUGAGGUUAUCCUUCACUAACUCUUGGUGGUUUAGUCUGUUAAAGGAUUUUCUGUUCGGAAAUAAACCUAGGUCGUCGUGUUAAUCGGACCAACUUCAUAAUGAUUAGAGUCUUCUACAUCAUCCGAGUUGCACUUUUUGCGUUAGAAAUUCUUCGAACCCAGGCACUAUUAGAAAACCCAGAUGAUUGCUGUAGAAGAACACAGAAAAUGAAUGAAACUUGUGUAAACAGCACACAUUGUGGGUGUGUCCAAGUUCUGGAGAACAGCACUGUUCGGUGUGUGCAGUGUGACUCUUUUACUUCGGAUAUGGAGAACUCGACACUGUGUAAUACCACUGUCGGCCGCAACCCGAUAAUAAAGAUAGGUGGUCCAGGCGUAGCAGCCUCUGUCCUUUUGGGCACUCUGCUCAUCAGUCUCUUCCUCAUUCUCUCUGUCGCCUCUUUCUUCUACCUCAAACGCUCUAACCGUCUCCCUGGGGUCUUCUACAGACGCAAAGCUUUCAUAUUUCAACCAAGUGAAACAGCUGUUAUGAUGCCUGCUGCGUCAUCCUCGGUGCGCAAGCCGAGAUAUGUCCGGAGAGAACGGCCUUCAGCGGCUGCAGCAGUGGGCAGUAGCGCCUCCAUGCCAGUGGGACACGUAACAAAGGUGUAUAAUGUAACAGUCCAGUAGAGAUAAGCUUCACAGAGGGAGAUGCAACACCAUAUACCAUUUAGCAGUAGUAAUGUUUACGUCUUUCUUUUUUUAUUUUUUACAUAAAAUCAUCAUCAAUGGGCUAUAGCGGUAUGUUUUAUGUACCCUCUUUGUACACAAGUUCCAAUUUUUUUCCUUAUUUGCACUCCCCCCCCCCCCUUCCAAUUACUGUUUCACUUUUCUUAAAAGACUACAGAGCAUUAUGAGAGUAUUUUAUUUUACGGAUCAUAUUUCUAGUUAUUUUCUUAAAAUUUGUAACUUAAGUAUUUAUUACCAAUAUUUACAUGUCAUACCUUUGGCCUCGUGUCGAAAAAGAGUUCCUUGAAAAGUCCCUUAAAUAUUUGCACAUUAGCUGUUUUCCCUGUUUCUGGACCAAAUAUCAGCCAUCAUAUUUUCUGAAGAGUUCGACCACCUUCUUUUGGAAUACAAAGGUUAUACAUACCGUUAGAACAAAAAUCGUUGUAGUUUUGAAGAUGAACGUCAGUCUGAAGAUGCUGCCUAAAGUAUUCAGAUAACGUGCCAAAUUUUCUAAAUGUCAAACCCGUGUAUGAAGGAUUGUACGCACACUUUUCCACAGGCUGUUUUGGGGCUCAUUUGAAGCAUCAACUAAUACCAUAAAGGCACUCAAAUCUGACGUACGAUCCCCUUUGUUAAAGCACUAGACUUUAGCCAAAUAACAAAACAAAUACUUUAAUUUUGAUUGCACUAUUAUAUAAAGGACAAUUGCCUUCCCUGUUGGAUCCAAAAGAAGAGGGAAUUGCCACUUUUUGUAUUUGUUAUUUUGCCACAGAAACACAGUGAAAGAUUUUUGUGGUGCUGUUUUAUUGAUUGUACCAUUGAAGUGCCAAAAGAGGCAAUAUACACUGUGUUGUCAUGGGUAAGGCCUUAAGAAGUAAAACUGUUGAAUUUUGGAGAGAUCUACUGGUAGUAUUAUGAAUAUUUAUACAAUAGAUCACAACAUUCAAGUAGUCAUGUUUGUAUUUGUUUUUUAUUGCUUUUUCUAGUUAGUUUUAUCACUUCUGAUUGUUCAUUCUUCUUGACGAUUUGAUUAUAAUUGGUUUUGAUGUCUUAACCUUCUGUAGUCAUAAGAAAAAAAAUUCAAGUCCUCAGUUUGCCUGGUUUAAUAGAAGCGAAAAUGAAUGAACUCGUGUGGGACGUGUAGUAGCUGUUGUGAAUCUUACCACUGAUUGUAAAGAACCUUAACGUUUCUAAUACUGUUUUAUUAGCUGUUGUGCAGCGACUGGAAACCAUGUAAAGGUUGUUUAUAUAUCGGAGGCAUAUAGAUCAAUGAUGCUGUAUUCUUUGUAUGUUGGUGAUCUACUUGUAAUAAAUGUUAAGUA